AUGGAAAUAGUUUGGCCUCUCACUAUUUCCCUAUUGUUCCUAGUCUUCAAACUUGUGUCAUUGACACUAAACAAACAUAAUCUCCCACCAAGUCCAGCACUUAAGUUUCCAAUAAUAGGACAUCUCUAUAUUUUGAAAGAACAUAUACAUCGUACCCUUGAAAAUCUUUCUGAAAAACAUGGUCCAAUUUUCUCUCUUCAAUUAGGCAAACGUCUCGUCGUGGUUGUGUCAUCUCCAUCCUCAGUGAAGGAAUGUUUCACCAAGAAUGAUGUUGUUCUUGCUGAUCGUCCUCCUUUAAUGAUCGGAGGAUACAACUGCACAACAAUCAUCGAUUCGUGUUAUGGUGAUCAUUGGCGUAACCUAAGACGUAUUUGUGCACUUGAAAUCCUCUCCGUUACUAGUCUCAAAAAGUCACAAACCAUUAGACAAUUUGAAGUCAAGCUUCUUUUGCAUAAGUUGUUUCAAAAUUGUAACGAUUUUGGUACAAUUUUUGAACUUAAGUCAAAAUUUACUGAAUUAUCAUUUAAUGUUAUUAUGAGAAUGGUAUCUGGAGACGGAUUUUUCGAUCAAGAUAAAGGUAAGGCGGUGUAUUUUCGUGAGCUUAUAGAUGAGUUUUUUAGCAAUGGGGGUGCAUCAAAUGUUGAUGAUUUUUUGCCUGUACCAUUUGGUUGGAUUUAUAAGUUUAUUAAAAAGAAUGCACUGACGCAGCUUGGCAAAAAAUUGGAUGAGUUCUUGCAAGAUUUAAUUGAUGAAUACCGUGGUGUGGAGAACCAAAAUACUAUGAUUGAUAAUUUGCUUUCUUUGCAAGAAUCGCAACCAGAUUACUAUACUGACGAUAUCAUUAAAGGAAUUAUAUUGGUCAUAGUGAUUGGGGGAACAGACACAACAGCUGUGACUAUUGAAUGGGCAAUGACACAUUUACUUAACCAUCCACAAGUGUUGAACAAAGUAAGAACUGAAAUAGACAGUCAUGUUGGUUUUGAUCGUCUAGUGAAUGAGACUGAUUUGCCCAAUUUGAAAUAUCUUCAAAGUAUCAUUUCGGAGACUUUCCGAUUAUCUCCAGCAGCACCGAUGUUAAUUCCCCAUCAAUCAGCAGAUGAUACCAAAAUAGGUGGUUUCGACGUUCCACGUGGGACAAUCCUAUUGGUGAAUGCUUGGGCUGUUCAUAGGGAUCCGUUAGUAUGGGCUGACGAUCCAGGAAGUUUUAGACCAGAGAGAUUCGAAGGUAUCGAUGUGAAACCGUGGGAGUUAUUGCCAUUUGGAAUGGGAAGGAGGACAUGCCCAGGUGCUGGACUUGCUCAACGUGUGAUUGCUUUAACUGUUGGAACUUUGGUUCAGUGUUUUGAGUGGGAAAUAGUUAGCAAAGACAGUGAUAUAGCUGAAGGGAGUGGUCUCACUCUUGCAAAAGCUGAGCCACUUAAUGCAAAGUGCAAGGCACGUGAUAUUGCUUAUGCACUACUUUAA